AUGGAGAUGACUAGCAGCGUUAUGCGCUUCGCCUUGGCCACAUAUUUCAUGAAGCGUGGCUGUGACUCGUAUCGUCUCCAGGCGUCGAAUGUUGCGUGGUCUAGUACGACUCACGAGCCCAUUCGUGUCGAAUGCGAUGCAAUUGAGAUCGAAUCAAGCCAGGAAUUCUCCAAUAUCGUGUCCACUCACGUGUUGAAGUUGAGACAAUUGCUCGUGGAUCAACGAUUACAAGAUUGGUCACGAGGAGUACUUGAACUUCGAGAUUAUGUGACUACAAAUGGACUAGUGACGUCACUGAUGACGUUAUUAUUCAAGUUACUAGAGAGACAAGAGCAAGAUGCAGUGUGCAUUGUGCAAAUUAUUGAGCACAUGUGCUUUGAGAAGAAGGGAGAACCGUCUCAAGUAUUUGAUCAGUUUGUCGAGUUGUUAUUUACAGCAUUGGCUCGUUCCUGUGUGAACAAAAAUGUUAGUGUGGCAAUCUGGAUACUGCGAGCAAUCCAUGGCAUCAUACACGGUCUACACCAAUAUCACGAGCAACAAUACGAGACAAUAACCCAACACCAAUUUGCAAGACCAAAGCGUGAUAACUGA